AUGCAAUUGUUCCACGAGCUAAAGCAAAAGUUCCCAGGUGUUCCUGACCAUGUUGUAUCCAACACCAUUGAGCUUUAUUGCCAUGACAAGCAAGCCUGUGAGACACAUCUCCACAGAGAAGUCAAGGCCUCCCUAACACAUGCCUAUCAUGCAUCUUCGUCGGCCGCUGCCCGACAGCUCAAUGAGCUUAAAGUGAAUGCACCAGUUAAAUGUCGUAAUCAACCAAUUAUAAAACAUGAAGCUGUGAAAUCAUCUGCCAUAAAAUCUAUAACUUGCCAAGGCCCUCAAAAAGCCCUCCUUAGCUCGAAUAUAGCUGAAGAAAAUGAAAAAAAGAAAUUGAAUACUGAUGCUAAUCAAAAUGUUGUUGAAGUUACAAAUAAUAUAGAAACAAAUAAAAUUGCAUCACCAGUAACAAUAAUUAAUAUCGACAAUUGUUAUGCUAAGUAUAGUGUGGAAUCACCAAGUGAUAUAGAAUUGACUAAUGAUCAUAAAAAGGAUUUGAAUAAAAGUUAUCAAAACGAGCAUGCAAACAACGCUAAUCUUAAUAAAUCUGAAUUAAAUCAACCUGAGAACACUAACUACAAAAUUUUAAAAAGUAACAAAAUUAAGGCCAAUUUAAAUGAACGCUUAGAAAAGGGUAAAGAAAAAAAGACUAUUAAAAAAGAACCUCAACAACCAAAAACUGCAGAGGAAAAACCUAAACGUCCAAACACCCUUGAUUUUAUUAAACCAAAUCCAGAUAUUGCAUUUAAAGAAACUUUAAAACAAGCAGAACCAGAACUUACUAGAUCAGUUUCACCAGCAACCUCUACGCAAAAGGAUAGUCAGCCAACAAAAGAUAAACCAGGCACAUGUAGAAGAGAAUGCGGAUACCCAUUAAAUUUGUCAGUGAAUGUGAAUUGUCAUAUGGACUUAAGUCGAUCCUAUGCUGAUCCUUGGAUGGAAGAUUAUGAUAGCCCUAGAGCUAUUACAUCUGUGAACUUAACUGUUUGUACACCAACAUCAAACAUGGCUAGUCCAGUUAGGGAGAUGAGGGAAGAUGAUGGAGGUUUUGAAGGACAUGUUACUGUGACUGUGAGUCCGAGUACGACACGGCCACCUCGGCGCCGAGCACCACCUCCACCACCAGACACGUCACAACCUCCUCCAUCACGCAUUGAAUCACCAAGGCCUACAAGAGUAGCUCCAGAUCCACCCAGUGGACUCAACCAAGUCAAUAUCGAUCAUACUCUCAUAGAAAGACAAAAAGAGCGCCUCUCAAAGCUUGCUACAGCUUUGGCCCAAGAGAAAAGCCGAGUGGCCCAACUUAACAGGGAAACUCAGAUUUUAGCUGCUCCGCCACCAUCACCAACUGCAACUCAGAGGCUCAAGAAGUAUGUUGAGCGACUACGUGAUGAGUGUAAUACUUUGUCAAAAAGGCUUGAAAUGGCCAAUAAUGAGCCUGAUGAUUCAGACAGCUUCUACAGAAAUAUCUACACAGGGCAGCGACCAAGUGCAAUGUGGCAGUGCCAUAUGUGCACCUUCCGCAAUCACGAGCUGCUGACCAAAUGUGAGGAGUGCGAGAUGCCCCGCAUACUUGUAGUUCGGGCUCCUGAUGGAAUAACAGUUCGCCUCGUACCACGUCGGCGGAAAAUUGUGCGGUCGUGGGUCUUAUGA